GGUACGGAUGUUGUGAGCUUAUAUAAAAAAAGUACAAAAUGUAAUUAAAAUUUAUAGCCGAAAUAAAUCAAAGAAUAUAUGAUUGUUUUGUCGAUUUAUUAUAUCGAAAGUAUAUAUUCUACUUUAAGCAGCAAAAAGAUGAUAGGAGAAAGUGUAUAAUUAAGAUUUAUAAGCUUUAAUUGAUUCCAAACUAUAAUCGAAUACUACAUAUACUUUGUUGUGCAUAAUUGUAUUGAUUUUCUAAUGGCACGUUGUAAAUGAUGGACUUCUGGGUGCACUGGGAAUGACUGUUAUCUACCGCUGGUGUUAUGAAGAAUAGUUAAAAAGAAAUGAUACACAAAUAUGAAUAAAUAUAUUUACAUUAAAUAUAAUAUAAAUAAGUGCAUGUAUGUAUGUACAAGUAAUUGUGGCAAAUGUGGAGGUGGAACAACUUUGUUCUGGAUGCAAAAAUUAAAUACUUAAACAUAUACAUAUGUAUGUAAACAUACAAGUAUUCAAAGCGACAAUUAGAAUAAGAAAUCCGAAUUGAUAUAAUAUAUAAAAUGUAUUGCAUAUAACAGAGAAAUAUGCACAUAUAUAUGCUAUUCGCUUGUUCCUCACUCAAUGGAUUGCCUUGAUUGAAUUAAUGAUUAGUUUAAUUUAUAUCUUUAUCAAAUGCACAAAGAGAAAAUGGAAUUAUGGAUAUAAAUUACAAAAAAGCGAUGAAUUUAAACGUCGUGUAACGUUAAAUCAGACUUCACAAAUAUAAAACUGAAAUAUUAAUAAUGCAGGAAUGCAAUAGUGAAGAGCGCGUUGAAAGCGCCAACUCUAGUCCUCGCUUACCCCACAAACACUUAUCUAUUUUGGGAUUUUUGACAAAGCGUUCCAGUAAAAUAGAGCCACAUCCAAGAGAUGGUGAUUCAAAGAAACAUGACAAAUCAACGGACCAUUUGCGUCCAUCAUCCGCAUGUGGGCAUUACCAUGAUAACACUAGUCAUGAUGUGACCUUCGCCAAGUGUUCAGCUGACCGUCAACGCUCACCUGUUUCGCCGCAAAAACAAAAUGGUCUAAAAAAUAAUAGUGAUGCCUCAACAACCAAGAGUAAAACGCUACCAGCUCAUGGCAAUUAUCUAGGACAAACAUACAACAAUAAUGCUCUAAACUCCAAUUCAUAUGCGCGUAGGCGUAGCACUGAUGGCUCACAAAGCGAUAGUGGCGCUGCUGAAGUGGUGCUGCGAAAGACAGUUAAAUAUCGUUCCCCGAAUCAUAAUCGUUUCAGCCACCAAUUUAGUUUAUGUUGCAAAGCUGAAAAGAAACCCAUGACACCGCCAGUAACAGUGCGUUACAACUCAAUACCAGAUCCAGCCAAUACAACGCUCAAACGUGAUAGUCAAACGUUAUGUUGGAGUUUUAUAGAUAACACAUCGGUUUCCCUACAGUCAUCCGAUGAAAAUUCGUCCAUGCAAUUGCCAAAAGGUGAUGCAAAUUUGACAAAUAAAAUUGCCAGAGUGAAUUUAACCGAAUGUUCCAGUGCACCAGAAUCUCCAGUUACGGCUAAGGUGAUGUUUACCUCUUCACAUAGCAGUCCGUCAAAUGUAUCACUAAAAAGUGGUCAAAGUGAACAAGUGCCAACACAUAAUAAUGAUGGCGCACAUUGUAGCGGUCCAAUACGUCCAUUAGCAGUUUCGGCUUGUCGUUCACGACUACGACUGAAGCUAUAUCCACCAGGCAAGGAGUUACCAACGUUGGAGCCCAAAUUAAACGAUGCGCCAGCCAACAACAUAAAACGGGCAACAACACCACAACACAUGUCUUCGCCAAAUAUUGCUAUCCAGCCAGAUAUAGCGAGAGAAUUGGAAACACACGAAGCACAAAAUAUGCGUUUCAGUUCGCAUGAAAAUAUACAGAUGCAACGAUUGCAAUCUAGUCAAGUAGGCUUAGCACGGCGUGCGCUGCUGAGUGCUCAAGUGCUAAGCUUAAUACCCACGGAUAAAGCACGAGAAAGAAGUUUCAUGGAGGGACACAUGGGAUCUUCAGCACUGCUGGGACCUGCGGAACUGGACCGCAUUUUGCCAAAUAAAGAAAUUACAAUAUUCGUGGGCACGUGGAAUAUGAAUGGGCAAAAUCCACCAAAGCAAAUGAAUGACUUUGUACUGCCAUUAACUGUGGAGCAUGUGCCCGACGUGGUCGCUAUGGGCACACAAGAAUCCAGUCCCGAUCGUUUCGAAUGGGAAGUGACAAUACAAGAGACCCUAGGACCAUCGCACGUACUUUUCUAUUCAACUAACUUAGGCACACUGCAUUUGGCUAUUUACAUGCGUCGAGAUCUUAUUUGGUAUUGCUCAGCGCCAGAGGAUGCCUCCUUUUCUGUGCGUACCGGCACUGCUUUUCGUACGAAAGGCGCCGUCGCUAUAUCCUUUUGUAUCUUCGGUACAUCAAUGCUAUUUGUUACAUCACACUUGACAGCUCAUCAGCAGAAAGUCAAAGAACGCGUGUCCGAUGUGAAACGCAUUAUACAUGCGCUUGAUUUGCCAAAAAAUUUAAAUUUACGUCAUAAAAAUAAGGAUGUAACACAGAAUUUCGAUAAUGUCUUUUGGUGUGGUGACCUCAAUUUUCGUCUUGGCGAACCGCGUGAAAAACUUUUGGAAUGGAUUCAAAAUACAAAAUUUCCACUACCCUCACACUUGCCACACGGCUAUAUGCAUACCGAUCAAUUAUCAUCAGUUUUGGCAGACGGCGCUGCUUUUCGUGGUUUUAUGGAAGCGAAUAUAACAUUUCCGCCAACAUAUAAGUAUGAUCCUGGCACUCAACAUUUCGAUACGUCAUCCAAACAACGCGCUCCCGCAUAUACCGAUCGCAUUCUCUAUAAGUACAGACAGUCACAGGGUUUGGGCAUACGUCGUGGCAGUACGAUUGCGUCAGGUGUAAACGCUCCACAGCCAUAUGUGCAGUGUUUGCUGUAUGAUUCUGUGCCAUCUAUAACAACUUCGGAUCACAAACCGGUGUGGGCAUUGUUCAAAACACAGAUUCGCGCGGGCACCGAUUCUAUUCCAUUGGCGGCUGGUCUAUUCCAUCGUGAUAUUUAUUUGGAGGGCAUGAAAAGACGCUUAAAUAAUCAAUAUUCAGGUUCAUCUGCAGUAUGUGCUAUACAAUAAUUUGCUUUAAGAUUGGAGGCUUUAAAAUGUGCAUAUAAAUACUCAAAUACCACAGAAUGAAAUACUCGGUUGCAAUAUAUUUAAGUUAUUCAAGUGAAAAAGAUAUAAAUAAGCUCGAGCUGCUAAGUGUCAGUGACUAGUCAUUUAAACCAAAUAAUAUCUAUAAUUAUAUAACCAUAGUAAAUAAGUAGAAAAUUAGCGAAAAAAUCUAAAUUAAGUACAUUAACAAAGACAUUGAAUCAACUGAAAUGACAACCAAAGCACUAAGUAAUGCACAAAUGUACACUUGCCUUAACUAUAAAAUAACGCUGUUUCCUAUUCAAUUGUUUUGUUAAACAAAAAAAAAUAUUAUAGAACGUAAAAUAAGAUGACCGAGUGUUUUGUGUUUAAAAUAAUUUUUAUUAUAUAAAAAAUUUUAAAUAUUCGGAAUUUUUAAGGUUUAAAAUAACUACUAAAGUACUGGUGGCAACCCCAUGCAGCAGUCUGUAAACAAAAAACGUGCUUUUGUAGUUGUGUGUUCAUAAUGCUUAGUAAUAACGGUACCUUUUGAAAUGCUACAUACUCAUUUUCAUAUAGAAAAUAUUUAGGUACAUAGUUUAAAGAAUUAAAAUUGCCCGCUGAACUUUGACAGCUAAGGCAUAAU